GAAGAGUUCACAACUCUGACAUCCUAGCUUUGGGAUAUCUCCAUGGAUUCCAAAAUCGCUCGAAAAGUCGCUCGAUCGAAGAUCCCUCCUCCACCAGACGGUCGCUGUAUCAUAAACCAACUCCCUCCCGAACUACUCGCCUAUAUCUUCCAACUGGGAGUGGAGCUGGAGGCGGAAGGCGAAGAUGAUGAGGACCUUUUCUCAGACAUAUCUUCUGAAACCGAAGAGGAAAAACCAUAUUUGCCUUUCGAAGUGCUUGUAUCGCACGUCUGCAAGCACUGGCGAGACAUUGCAACCAAUCUACCAAACCUAUGGACGUCAAUAGACUUCGCAGGUCCAUAUGAUCGCUCAAUAACAUAUCUAGAACGAGCACAGCAGGCUCCUUUGGACAUAUCAUUGGACUUGGAGGACCUGGAUGCUGAUGACCCAGAGGUAAAGGAUCUCAUUACGAUCGCCGGUCUCAUCCUUCCUCGUGUGUCGCAAUGGCGAACAUUUGAACUCAUAGUCUCCGACUUCUCCUUGAUGGCCAUUGUGCUGAAGAACCUCAGCGCGUGUCCUGCCGCACCUAUCCUAGAAAGUCUGUCGCUGUACAACCACGACAAUAUCGAGGAUAUGGACCACUUUGAGCCCGCCGCGUUGCGGGAUGUACCCGAGCUCUUAUUCAAUGGGAACGUGCCGAGACUCAAGAAGAUUGCACUAUGGGGUGUGCAUCUACUAUGGGAGCGUACCCCGUUUCUUAAAAAUCUGGAGGAGAUCGAGUUGGCGUAUCACGCCGAGGAUGUCCGCCCAAGUUACAAGGUAUUCACGAACAUGCUCAAGGAGUCGCCGAAUCUGCGCUCUCUGGCCCUCUGCAAUUCAGGCCCUGCAGGUGGUCCUGUAGACUGGCUUGAAAGUGUAACAGAAGGUCACGAAGGCGAACCUGUCCCACCCCCUACCACACAAAUAUCCCUUCCUUCCCUCAACCAACUCGCCCUCACCUACGAAUCCGCUCCGUAUGUUACCUCGCUCAUGCAGCGUCUCGAAGUUCCCAACCUCGCUGACUUAUCACUUGAUCUUGAAGCGGACGAUUAUGGAACCUUCCUUAGCAUGAUUUCGAAGCCGACUGCCAAACAGAAGAAACCUCUCCUCACGGGUUUGACCCACCUCAAGAUCACCGAUAUCGUUUGUUCACAUGUGACAGUGUAUGAAGCACUGAACACCUUGGAGAACGUCACCUCACUCAACUUGAAUUUCCACUAUCUCGACCUGAUAUGGUACGAUCUACUGAUGGGCGACAGUCGUGGAGUAGAGGGCAUCAAUCUAAACGAUCGUGUGCUUUGUCCAAAAUUGAAGGAGUUCACGUCUCGAGGACUUAGUGGUACUCUGGUCUUGGCAUUCGUCAAGAGGAGGGAGGAGGCUGGCAAGUCGCUGUCAAAGGUCCUCCUGGAGGACACAGAUGAACUCGAAGAGGAUGAGGAGCGACAGAUAAAAGAGCACGUAGAGCUGGAAUUCUUCGAAGGAUCUGACACCGAGGACGAAGAUGAAGAUUUUCCGGGUCUUGUUGACCUCAUGGUAGAGGGGUUGGAGGAUGAGGAGGAGGAAGAAAAUGUCGAAGGGGAUGUAGAAGCAGAUGACGGGAAUGAGGAAUGGACAACCGACUCCGACAUGGAUGACUUAGACUAGUGUCCUCCAAACAAAUAAUGAUGAUGGGACAAGUUGAUGCAAGAAUGCAAUAGGGGGUGUUAUACAAUAGUCUGCUAAGAGAU